AUGGAAGACUGGGAUUUUCAGUUUAGAGCGCUGAAGAAGGUGAGAAUCUUUGACUCACCUGAGGAGUUGCCCAAGGAACGCUCGAGUCUGCUUGCAGUGUCCAACAAGUAUGGCCUGGUGUUUGCUGGUGGAGCCAGUGGGUUGCAGAUUUUUCCUACUAAAAAUCUUCUGAUUCAAAAUAAACCUGGUGACGAUCCCAAUAAGAUAGUUGAUAAAGUUCAAGGCUUGCUGGUUCCUAUGAAAUUCCCGAUACAUCACCUGGCCCUGAGCUGUGAUAACCUCACACUGUCCGUGUGCAUGAUGUCCAGUGAAUAUGGUUCCAUCAUCGCUUUUUUUGAUGUUCGCACAUUUUCAAAUGAGGCUAAACAGCAAAAACGCCCAUUUGCCUAUCAUAAGCUUUUGAAAGAUGCAGGAGGCAUGGUGAUCGAUAUGAAGUGGAACCCCACUGUUCCCUCCAUGAUGGCAGUUUGUCUGGCUGAUGGCAGCAUUGCUGUCCUACAAAUCACAGAAACAGUGAAAGUGUGUGCGACUCUCCCUUCCACAGUGGCAGUAACAUCUGUGUGCUGGAGCCCCAAAGGAAAGCAGCUGGCAGUGGGGAAGCAGAAUGGAACUGUGGUCCAGUAUCUUCCCACUUUGCAGGAAAAAAAAGUCAUUCCUUGCCCGCCGUUUUAUGAGUCAGAUCAUCCUGUCAGAGUUCUGGAUGUGCUGUGGAUUGGUACUUACGUCUUCACAAUCGUAUACGCUGCUGCAGAUGGGACCUUGGAAACUUCUCCAGAUGUGGUGAUGGCUCUCCUCCCGAAAAAAGAAGAAAAGCACCCAGAGAUCUUUGUGAACUUCAUGGAGCCCUGCUAUGGCAGCUGCACAGAGAGGCAGCACCAUUACUACCUCAGUUACAUUGAAGAAUGGGAUUUCGUGCUGGCGGCGUCCGCGGCUUCCACAGAAGUCAGUAUCCUGGCUCGACAGACAGAUCAGAUUAAUUGGGAGUCUUGGCUCCUGGAGGAUUCUAGUCGAGCUGAACUGCCUGUGACAGACAAGAGUGAUGACUCACUGCCCGUGGGAGUUGCCAUCGACUAUACGAACCAAGUGGAAAUCACCAUCAAUGAUGAGAAGACUCUUCCUCCCGCUCCAGUUCUUAUGUUACUUUCAACAGAUGGUGUGCUUUGUCCGUUUUAUAUGAUCAAUCAAAAUCCUGGGGUUAGGUCCCUCAUCAAGACGCCAGAGCAACUCUCAUUAGAAGGAGAACGACAACCCAAGUCGUCAGGUACGUGCCUCUCCCUUCGAGCUGAACUGCCUGUGACAGACAAGAGUGAUGACUCACUGCCCGUGGGAGUUGCCAUCGACUAUACGAACCAAGUGGAAAUCACCAUCAGUGAGUAUGGCCUGCGUGGCUCAGUGCAGAAGUGA